GUGUGCUCGGCGCGGGCAGCGGGAUGCGGGCGGCGGGCGGAGGGCCGGGCUGCGGCUGCAAGGGGAUCCGCUCCUGCCUGCUCUGCGAGGGGCCCGCGCCGGCCGCUCCGCCCCCGCAGGGAGAAGAUAAUUUCACUUACUGUCCAGCAACAGGCCUAGCUAAAGGAAAUGAGCACUCGGAAUUUGCUGGCUGGGCAUUCCCCUUUCCAGGGGUGUUCCUGGUGGAGGAGUUCAUUAGUGAAGAUGAAGAGUGUGAGAUAGUGGAACUGAUGGAUCGAGAUGACUGGAAACCAUCACAGUCUGGCCGAAAGAAGCAGGACUAUGGACCCAAAGUGAACUUCAAGAAGCAGAGGCUGAAAGCUGACGGCUUUACCGGUUUGCCAAGUUUCAGCAGGAAGAUCGUGGCACAAAUGACGGCCUGCUCUGUGCUCAGUGGUUUCUUACCUGUUGAACAGUGUAAUCUGGACUACACACCAGAGAGGGGUUCUGCCAUAGACCCCCACUUUGAUGACUGGUGGCUGUGGGGGGAGCGUCUGGUCAGCUUAAACUUGCUCUCCAAAACCGUGCUCUCCAUGUCCUGUGACUCAGAGGACACCAUCCAACUAUCCCCCACUUGCAGCAAAGGGGAAUUAAGCCCCCCCGGGUCUCUCACACAAACAUCAGCGUGCAGAAAUUCGGGCGAGGAGGGAAUCGAGGGCGUUGUGCCGCCGAGGCUGGUCCCCAGUAAGGAGGUGACUGUUGCUGUUCACUUGCCCCGGAGGGCGCUGGUGGUGCUGCAGGGGGACGCGCGGUACAAGUGGAAGCACGGGAUCCACCGCAAGCACAUCGAGAACCGCCGGGUCUGUGUCACGUUCAGGGAGCUCUCUGCAGAGUUCAGCGCCGGGGGAAGGCACGAGGAACUGGGCAAAGAACUGCUGGAAAUAGCUCUUUCAUUCCAAGGGAGGCCGGUGUGAUCAAGGGGGAGGCCGAGUGGCACUUUGCUAGGAAAUUUGUAAAACGAGGUACGGAAUCUGUAUGACCCGGUUUAUCUGUGUGUGUGAGGAACCAGGUGUGUGCAGAGAGAAGCUCAAUAAAGUGGAAAUUUGACAAACAGAAAUAA